UGGAGCCGGUUUGUAGAAACAUGGAUCCCGCCGAAGAAACACAUGAAGCUUGUCACGGCGCUGACCCAUAUUCUGCUUCAUCGCUGCAGAUUAAAACAGAAAAUAUGGAAGAAAGACUGUUUGAAGAAAAUGGACAGGUAUUAUUAACUCCAAAAGAGGAAGAGGAGGAGAUGGAGGUCACAGGAGCGUCUAAUUAUACAGAAGCAGAAGCACAAGUGAAAACUGAGCCAGAGGCUGAAAUGGGAAUCACAGACACAGACUCCACUGCAGGGAUGCAGUCUGAAGACAACGCGUGGACAGAACCGCUUGAGUGUAAGACGGAGGACGAAGAUGAUGAUUCAGACAGUGAUAGCUCUUCCUCCUCGUCAUCUACAUCAUCUUCUUCUACAUCCUCCUCUUCGCCUUCUGCACCGGUGCAUGACAUUGAUGACGAUGAUGAGGGUUUCAGCCAAUCAGCCCCAGUCAAAACACGAGACGAAGUCCUCCUCGAGGACCUGCCAGCGGUGGAGGAUCUGAGCGUGUUGUUACCAGAGGAAGCUGAACUGCAGCCGGUGGGAACGGUGUCCCGUAUCAUGAAGCAACUCGUUAUCAUUCAGUCUCUAGGGGACACGCCCCCUCUGACAGACGACAGCAUCUUAUUCACAUCUGAGCGUCAGGCUGUGGGCAAGGUGUUUGAAGUGUUUGGUCCAGUUUGCAAUCCAUUCUACAUACUGCGCUUUAACUCUCCUGAGCAGAUAAACGAAAGAGGGUUAACACCGGGAGUCACGCUUUAUUUUGCUCCAAACAUCAAGGAGUACACAGGCUACAUCCUCACACAGCAGCUCAAACUUAUAAAAGGAUCUGAUGCAUCCUGGAAGAACGAUCAAGAACCACCAGCAGAGGCUUUAGAUUACAGCGACGACGAGAAAGAACAAGAAGCAAAGAGGAAAGCACGAAAGAAGAAGAACAGUAAUAAUCCAGAUAAACCUUCCCAGAAUGCCUCGCCUCAGCAUCGGGACGGCAAGGGUUUCCAACCAAGACGUUCAGGGGCUUCGUUCAGACCCCAGAACCCGAGGAACCAACAACCACCAUUCCACCACACUCCCCCUCCUCCACCUCCGCCCGGUCACCAGCACGUCUCCCCAGCAUACCUGCCCCCUCCCUGCCCUUACCCCCCUCCACCUCCACACCACUUCCCUCUACCCGGCUUCCCCCUCUAUCCCCCUCCUCCUCCCUCCUUCUUCAAUCCGGCUUUCUCCCCUCCCCUCUGGCCCCCGAACUCCAUCCCCUACUCCAACCUCCCUCCUCCUCCUCCUCCUCCCCCUCCGCCUCCCCCUCAUCCACCUCAGUGAAACCCAGCGCAGUCCUCAGUACAUCCCAGUGAAAGGCUAAAGUCUUGACGCAUUCAUACCAGAGAUUCGCAAUGAGACGAAACAUUUUAAGAAAGAUUUGUGGAGAAGUUGUCGUUGGUCGGUCUGAGCUGGACUAAAGCCUGAACCACAGACGAUGAAUAAGAGGUAAAUGGAAGCACCGUGGGUUUGUGUUUUGUCCAUAAAAGUACCUUUUAUUCAGUAAGCAGACGCACACGAGCUGUUUAUCAAAGUCAAAGUCUCCUGUUCAGCCUAAAACAUGUUAAAGGAGAAAUCAUUUACAGAUCCACCACAACACCUACUGCACUGUCCAGAUAAAAUAAAUGUAGGGAUGCACUGAUGCCGAUACCAGUAUCGGUCCAAUACUGAGCGCGUGUACUUCUACUCAUACUUGUAAAAAUGCUCCGAUACGAACCACUUUACUGCAGCAUUCAGUGCAGCAGGUACGUGGCGGAGGGGUAAUGUCAGCACUGUGGAGAUUUUUCAAAAUAAACGAUGGUGACAGAAGUAACAGCGACUGAAAGUUACGUUUGAGACACAGACGGAUACAGAUGGAGCGUUCUGUCUGUCCUCUGCUUACAGUUUGUGCAUAAUUCUGUCGGUUUUCCGGGUGCUCGCCAAUGUGUACCCAGAUGGAGAAUUCGGAGCAGUACCAUCGGGAACCGUGGAGGUAGAGGAUCCUUUCAAAGAGCGACUGUGUGAGUUAGAGAAAAACUACUGACGCAUUUAUACCAACUAACCUCAUCAGUAUCAACAUUAGCAUCCACAUAAGUAUUACCUCCUCUGUCGUCGCCGUGUUUGUUAUUACUGACCUUCUUCGUCUCAAAAGACUACCGUACUUUCCAGGCAAUAAAGUGCACCGGAAUAUAAUCCACAACUGACUAUAAACUGCGGCUGACUUUAAGUCGCACCUGACUAUAAGCCGCAGGUGUCCACACUGUGACAUGAGAUAUUUACACAGAAAGAUGGUAAACAGACAGAUUAUUUAAAUAUUU